CAAGCUAUGAUCAUAACCUAUGUAUUUCGCUUCAGCUUGAAAAUUCAGCUAAAUUAAGUAAAGACUAUCCAUUUUAUUUGCAUAUUUUAAUUGUUAGGUUAGUAGCUGUCACUUGAUGCCACGCUAUUGAUCAGCUGAUUCAACAUUAGAAUUUUCGAUGGAAAGCUGGAUGGAACUUAAUAUCAAAUCUGUUAUUGAUAACAUUGUCUUUCACCUGACUGGCGACAAAUAUAAAAAUUCUUCAAUAAUCAAAAUAAAUAAUGAAAAUUUGUGCGCAAAUGGAGAAUUAUAUUUUUUGUGUAACUUUAAAGCGUGGAAGAGUAUCUCAACGUGCACCAAGAAUUGCACAAGUAUUUUGCAACACUUCAUUCACAUACACGGUAUGACAAGAGAUGAUAUAGAUGCAGAGGUGACAGAGGAGCAGAUCUUCAAACAAUUAAUACUGAAGAGUAGCAGCUGGCCAAUAAGAAUACAACAAUGCAUGUUGCAAAGAGAAAGAGUCUGUUUAUUCUUAAAUCGAGAAGAUAUUAUUACAAAGAGUAUAAGAAUGGUUGUCGAACAUGGGAUGAUGUUUGGAAAAACUCAAUCAACUGGUAAAACAUUUAAUUUGAGGUAUCAGCCUGAUAUACAAUCAGAUCUUACUUCUCACAGACUGCGUCUAAUAAAAAAUAUUGCUGCAAAGGCAUUAAGUCUACAUGGAUAUACAUUAUCUACUGAGGAAGAUUGUGCUAACAAAUAUAUGUUCACUAGCAAAUCAGAAGGAUCAGUUGAUAAGGGAUAUGAGAAAUAUGUAUGUGGUGUUGUAAAAAAUUGCCAUACAAAUUCGAAAGAAAUAUGUCUCACAUGGGAGCAAUAUGUAAAAUGUAAAAUGAAUCAACUGGCAGAAUUAAAUGAACAUAAGCUUCUUGAGAGCAAAAUAAAUAAUACAAAGAAAGAUUUCUUUUUGCACAAUUUGGCUAAUGCCAUUAUCACUUUUGAAUUAAUGGCUGUGAAACCUAGUCGAUCAGUUGUUAUAGGAAAUAAUAAUUUUCAAGAUAAUAAAAGCAGCACAAAUAACAGAGGUGCUGCAUUUGUGUUGUACAACACUGCCAGAAUAGCAACAAUUAUAAUGAAGUACAAAGAGAAAGUAUCGUGUGGCAAUUAUCCCAGUCUACCAAAUAUCGAAAAUGUAGAUUUCUCACAACUACAUGAAGAAGAUGAAUGGGAGCUCAUAUAUAAUUUUAUCUUUGGAUAUCCACAAAUGAUAAAUGAUUGUUUAAAGUGCGAGACGAAUUUUUGUAUUUAUCCACAAGUAUUAUGCCUAUUUUUAUCACGAUUAUGUCAAAAGUUCAGUAUCUACUAUCGAAGAAUCAGAAUUUUAACGGAAGGAGGUGAUCAUUUGAUUUCCAAAAUGUUUGCAAGAUUGUAUAUGUUACACUCAUUGCAAAUUGUACUCGAGAAUGCAUUAGACAUUUUGGGCAUCACACCAGUAUCGCGAAUGUGAUAUAAAAUCGCGAAAAGAAAGAUCUAA